CAAAGCAAAAGACAAUUGAUCAGCAAGAGGAGCAAUGGGCCAAAAGAUCUGAAAGACCUGCAAAAACAUCGUUCCAAGUAUUUUGAUCCACCAGAAGCUGUGCCACAACCAAAAAAACGCAGGACAAAACAAACAUCUGAGGAUCAUUCAGAGGACAUGUCAGCCCAGAUCCAAGCUCUGUGGUCCAAGAAAGCAUGUGAGAUUGUCAUUGCUGUAACACAGUCAAAUGACAAAAAAAGGUCUUAUAUCUUGCAUCAUUCAGAGCUGAAAACACUCCAGCCACGUAAAUGGCUGGUGGGGGAGACAAUCCAAUGCUAUUUUCAAGUGUUGGUGAACAACAGCGAACAGGGAAAUAAAAUUUACAUACUUGAUCACUACACAGCAGGAAUUAUAAUUCAUGGUGAAAGAGAUCAAGUCCGGAGAAAUAGCCUCUCAAAGGUGAACUUUGAUGACUAUGAUGGACUGAUUAGCUUCCUGAAUGUCGAUGGGAACCAUUGGGUAUUUCUGUAUGUCCAUGCAGCAUCCAGCCAGGUGUUUGUGGUAGACCCUGUGGGACAUGAUGAAGAGGCCAAAUCCAUGCAUGCCGCCUGCAGAUUUCGAGAGUACUUCAAAAUGAGAAGAAACUGCCUCUCUAAAAAUGACUGGGUGGACAUUAAGUGGAAAGGAGGAAAAAUUGAUCAUUCCACUCAACAAGAUGGAUACAGCUGUGGAGUGCUCGUCAUGCAGAUGGCUAAAGGAGUUGUAGCUGAUUUCCCAUGCAUCCCUUGUCAUUUGAUGAUAAACACAUCCAAGCAGCAUAUGGAAGAUGUGCGACUGAGAAUGGCAGAGGAAAUUCUGCAAGCCUCAGUAUUCAAGAGAGGACAUUACUGUUCUGCUUGUGCUGCCUCAAAACCCCCUGGUGGAGGUGCAAAAACGGUUUGGAUCGAAUGUCAUCAAUGCAAGAGGUGGUUCCAUGUGACAUGCAUUCAAAUGACAGAGGGCCAGUUUAACAGGGCUCGAAAGAGUGAUUGGAAGUGCUGCCUAUGCAAAUAAUAAAAAAAUCCUGUGUAGAUAAUGUAUUACAGUUGUUUUAUGUAAAAGUUAAGGUAUUUGUGGGAGUCUAGGAACUGGGGAUGUUCCUGGGAAAUAUGAAAAUAUUGAAAAGAUAAUAAUUGAACAAUAAAAAUGAAGGAAGUAU